GGGGCACUAGGCGGUGCCCCGAGUCGGGCCUCCUACGGCAAGUCGGAGGCAGCAAGAUGGCCACUUCUGAGGAAGGUUGUAGUGUUGCGGCCGAAGCGGACCGGGAAUUGGAGGAGCUUCUGGAAAGUGCUCUUGAUGAUUUCGAUAAAGCCAAACCCUCCCCAGCACCUCCUCCUACCACCACGGCCCCCGAUGCUUCAGGGCCCCAGAAGAGAUCGCCAGGAGACACUGCCAAAGAUGCCCUGUUUGCCUCCCAAGAGAAGUUUUUCCAGGAACUGUUUGACAGUGAGCUGGCUUCCCAAGCCACUGCAGAGUUUGAGAAGGCAAUGAAGGAGUUGGCUGAGGAAGAGCCCCACCUGGUGGAGCAGUUCCAAAAGCUCUCAGAGGCUGCUGGGAGAGUGGGUGAGGAGACUCCAAACAAAGGUAGUGAUGCAACCUCUCAGCAAGAAUUCACUACUUGCCUAAAGGAGACAUUAAGUGGACUAGCCAAAAAUGCCACUGAUCUUCAGAACUCAGGCAUGUCGGAUGAGGAGCUGACCAAGGCCAUGGAAGGGCUGGGCAUGGAUGAAGGGGAUGGAGAAGGGAACAUCCUCCCCAUAAUGCAGAGUAUCAUGCAAAACCUACUGUCUAAGGAUGUUCUAUACCCAUCACUGAAGGAGAUUACAGAAAAGUAUCCGGAAUGGUUACAGAGUCACCGGGAAUCUCUACCUCCAGAGCAAUUUGAAAAAUAUCAGGAGCAGCACAAAGUCAUGGGCAAAAUAUGUGAGCAGUUUGAAGCAGAGACACCCACAGAUAGCGAGGCUGUUCAAAAGGCUCGUUUUGAGAUGGUGCUAGAUCUUAUGCAGCAGCUACAGGAUUUGGGCCAUCCUCCAAAAGAGCUGGCUGGGGAGAUGCCUCCUGGCCUCAACUUUGACCUGGAUGCCCUCAAUCUGUCAGGCCCACCGGGUGCUAGUGGUGAACAGUGUCUGAUCAUGUGAAACAGAACAUGUUUUCCUCCCUGAGUCCCAGCCAUGGGGAACAUCUGGAGUCAACAGAACUGUUGGGAACUGAGGCAGGAGUGGCCUGCAGGAGUGGUCUGCCUACCGCCCUCUGUUGUUCCAUUCAAGACUGUGCCAUACCAACUGAGGCUUUUCCUCUGCCUUUCUAGGAAUUGGAUCUGUUCUGCAGGCGAUUUCUAUGAACCCUCCAUUGUGGUUUCUGCUACUAGCAAAGGCCCAACUGCCUGCCAGGUGAAAGAAGGCAUCCCUUUUGGGGCAUGUACCUUCUUCCCUCUCCCAAAAUAAUGUUAUAUAUGGCCACACUGAUGUAUACUUUUUAAUUCCAGGGUCUUUGUGCCUUGUUUCUACUCCUACUCUUGGAUUGGGGGAACAGGGGCAGCAUCCUGGGAUGGUUAUUUCUGUACUUUUCUUGGGCAGGACCUUUGGGAAUGGGGAGAAACUUAGCCUGGGCUGGGGCUGUAGGUCUGUCACCAUGCCCUCUUGCCUUCACACAAACCAUUUGAAUUCUCUGAAGGGAAAGGGCUUUUGCAUCUAAUCACAAUAGGGUCAGAAUAGAAGCCCUGGGGUUUUUCUUCCCUCUAGGUGCUGAGCCCUCAACUCCUUAUUUCAGCCUGAGAACUCAAGUGGCUAUCCUGGUUUUUUCUACGAUGCCGUAUGAUCUACAUGAACCCAGCCCCUGACCUUCCUUUGCCCCCUGCUUGUCCUCUUAUCUCCUCUGUUUUUUGUUUAUUCCAACUCUUCUGAGUUCGAGUAGUGACAAAGAAGGGCCCAUUUUGUUUCUCCUCAUCUAGUCCAUCCACUGCUCUCACUGGCUCCCCACCUCCCUGGCAAACACAUAAUUGUAGUGUCGGGUCUGGCAAAUGAAUAGUACUUAUCUGUACUUAUCCUAGUAUGUCUUGGUUUGAGACAUCUGAGGGAAUCCUUAGUUCAGGAAGAUGCUUGGGAAGGGGCGAGGGAAGCAGCUGGGGUUCCUUUUCCUGCAGGCCCUGUGAGGCAGUGUCUAAUAAAUAUUAUGAGUGAGGAAUA